UGUAUGUGUUUGAAAGUGUUCAGAGUGACUUAUAUUAGUGCUCCAUUUAUUCAGAAAGUACCUGUGUGAAACCUGACUUGUGUUAGUUGGGCACCGUAGCCUUAUAGCAGUUGAUAAAAAUAUCAGGUAACAAUGCCCCCUUUACGAAAUAACCCAGUUCAUCAUCAACUAGAAAGUCCAACCAGCAAUGUAUCUGCACAAUAUUCAGAAACACAAAUAAAAGGAAUUCGUUACUUUGAACAAGAUUUAGCAAUACCAAAUGUUAUUGUAUAUUUCAUGACGCACCUUAUAACACUUAUAGGAUGUUGGAAAAUGGUUACUGGUGACAUCAAGUUCUCAUCAUUUGCAUUCAGUUAUGUUUUGGCUGCCUUGGCAUUAUUAGGGGUCACAGCUGGAGCCCAUCGUCUUUGGGCUCACAGAGCUUACAAAGCUAAACUGCCAUUAAGAAUAUUUUUAAUGUUGUUGCAGACAUCUGCCCUUCAGAAUGAUAUUUACAUUUGGGUUAGGGAUCACAGAAUACACCACAAAUAUACAGACACCACUGCUGAUCCUCACAAUUCAAACAGAGGAUUCUUCUUUUGUCAUGUUGGAUGGCUAUUAAUGAAAAAACACCCCGACGUUAAAACCAAGGGGAAGAAUAUUGAUUUGAGCGAUGUUGCAGCUGACCCUGUAGUGAGAUUUCAGAGAAAAUACUACUUACUUUUGGGACUGUCUUUGACGUUCAUUAUACCAUCAAUGGUUAUGGUCUAUUUUAUUCACGAAACGGUUCUAAAUGUAAUCGUAAUAUGUAUAGCGAAAUACAUGCUAACUCUACAUGGAACUUGGUGCAUCAACAGUUUUGCACAUAUGUAUGGGUGGAAGCCCUAUGACUGCUCCAUCAAUCCAGUUGAAAACGCUACCUUAUCCUUCCUAGGCUUAGGGGAAGGCUGGCACAACUAUCACCAUACCUUCCCAUGGGACUAUAAAGCUGCCGAACUUGGAAAUUACCGAGCUAACUUAACAACUGGCUUCUUGGAUCUCAUGGCUUAUUUAGGACAAGCUUAUGAUCUUAAAACAGUAUCGCAAGACAUGAUCAAGAAACGAGCUGCAAGAACAGGAGAUGGUUCAUACAAUUUCGAUAAAGUUCCGUUAGACAAUGGGAAUACAAAGGAGCACCACAACUUUCAUGAGGACUAUGUGUGGGGUUGGGGUGACAAAGAUAUGAAAGAGGAGUUCAGAAAUGCUACUAUUAAGUUUAAAACAUAGAAAUAUGUUUGUACAUUAGACACUCUGUAUAUGUACUUUAGAAAAAGUCGUAUAUAAAAACUCUGUAUAUCUAAUAUACUUAUAAAUGCAUAUCGCCGGUCCGGAAUAAGAAUGACGUAACUGCAAAUUUUGUCAAUUCAUAUUUAUUGCGUAAUUAAUAGGGUGGUUCGAAAAUAGUUAUUUUCCUAACUAGUGCGGAAAGUGAUACUUUCCCGCACGCGACUGCCGUUGACCCGAACGACGCGAUAGCGGAGUUCGGGCAAGCAGUCGAGUGCGGGAAAGACACUUUCCGCAUGAGUUAGGAACAAUAUUUUUUCUACGGCCGUAUGUUUGGAAAAAGUCACAACAAAUAGAGUUAUAUCAAUUUUUAUUUACUAGUGAAUACAACAAAAUAUUUAGUGGAAAAAGAAGAACGUCUAUUUAUUGCUUCGUAUUAUUAAAGAUAAAUGAGCAAUUCGCAGCAUUCUGCAAAUUUAUAAUGGAUUCAAGCUGAUCCUUGAAUUGGCACUGUGUAUUCUACCUCGACCUGUGCUCGCUGUGAUCACUCGACGUAGAUGUAGAUGGUUCUAAAGAAUCGAUACUUAAAAUUUUGUUACACACAUCUCUUUUUUGCUUUUCAGAGUCUUCUAGGUAACUUUCAGCUACAGAAGUUGUUUUCCAACCUCCUAGACGUUUUAUAUUUGUAAUCGUUUCUGCAGAAUCGGCUAGGAAGGUUGCUGAUGAGCGUCUGUAGCUGUGUCCAGUGUAACGUUCAGGAUUGGGUAGAUGCAAAAAGGCUGCAAUUUCGGAGGGGAUUUUUCCAAAUGUAUUAAUUCCUACACAUAGGACUGUACCUUUUCCUUUCUGGUAUUUUAUAAACAAACGCCGAUGAGUUGUGGUUGAAGGUCGUAAACUGACGUAUUCUCUGUAUAGCUUCAAAAACAUUCCAUUGUUUAUUUCUUCUGAGACAACAAAUGAUCUCGCAGAGUUGAUUUUCGAUUCCGUAAUUUUGACGAUUAUUAGAAUCCCUUUGUCUUCAAUAUCGUCGAGAGUGAUUUUCGUAAGUUCGGCUCUACGACAAGCCCCAGAUAAACCAAAAAUGGUAACUGCUUUUAUCGUAAGAUAUAUCUCGUUUGGUGCGCCUAACAUAAAUUUGGCUAUAUCUUCUUUACUAAAAAUAUUUGCUUUUUGUGUUCGAAAACCAAUAUUUUGUUUUUUCAAAAAAGUUGUUAGUUUAUAAAACUUACUUAUAUCAAUAUUGUGCUUUAUUUUCAUUAAACUUUUAAUCAUGGAAUAGCGUGACAAAAAUGUGUUUGAUUCAAGCACUUUGCUCAAUUCUAAAAAGUAUGCCAAAAAUACUUCCUCUUUAUAGCACCUUAUUUUCAUGGAUUCGCACCAGUUCACAAAAUGGACAAAUUGUUUUUGAUACCUCUCUUUGGAUUUGGCAGGCAAUAAAUUUAAAUUUGCUUCCGCGGCGGCUAUCAAGACAGCUUCUGGGAUCUCUUCGUCCGAUGAAUCCAUGUAAUUUUUUAAAAAUUGUAGCGAAACCACACAAAUGCAUACGUUGUUUGACAAAGUUGUCAAAAUCAAACUUUCAAUAAAAUUGGUUACUAUGACGACGAUAAUGGUUUCAAUGACGACCAUAUUCAAAACCAUUGUGAUUGUCCACUGAUUUGACUUAUGAAUAUUAUGUCAAAAUAAUUCUAUUUCAAAGAAUUUUCGCGUUAAUUUCAGUAAAACAUGAACAUAAUAAGAUAAAUUUGAAAUAAAUUAGUAAAUAAUAUCUAAAUAUUAGUUUAUUGCAUAUAUUAUAAUAUAUUAUAAUGCUACAAUCUGUAUUAUAAUCUGUAUUAUAAUUUCUGCAAUCGAAGCAACAAUCUCUACACCAAAAUUCAUCCUAGUUUACCUACUGAGCCUUUUGCUAUCAGAAGUUAUCCCAAUAGAAAUAUAUAUGCCAUGUUUAUUAGAUGUCUCUUUAAUCAUGCCACUGUCAAGUCAUCCUCUAUAGAUUUAACCUAUCCGAAUCAGAUCUUUGCGAUUGCAAUGGGUAUGUUGACGAUAUUAAUCAUUGGUUGUUUGGAUGCAAACAUAAUGAUGUUGCAAUUAAGUUUUUGAUGCACAAUCUGGUUCAAGAAGAAAUACUUUUCCCACAAAAUAAUGCUUCUCUUUUAUAUUUGUCUCGUAGAAAUUCUAAAAUUAAACAAAUCAUCUGGGAGUUUUUAAAAAGGACUAAGAGGAAAAUUUAACUUGCACUGAAUGAGUCCGGUUGAAUGUGUUUAGCAAUAAUUAUUGUUUUUUUAUGUUUAUCCUUAUUAUGUAAUAUUGUCUCCCUGUGAAAGUUCAUUAAGUAGAUUUUGCAGGGAGGUAAUAAGAAUAAAAUUGUAUAAAAGUUUAUAUUGAAAAAAUUAAAAAAAAAAAAUUAUACAAAAAAAUAUGUAUACAAAAAAAAAGUAUAAAAAAAAUUAAAUAAAAAAAAAAAGUAUAAUAAAUUAUAAAAAAAUAAAAAAGAGAAAAAAAAUUAAAAACACAAAGAGGGUGUAAACCUCCGCGGGGUUGAUCCGGGUUGAAGCCUUAUCGCUGUGUAAAAAAAACAUAUAUUUAUUAGCAUUUAGUAUUAGUAUUUAGUAUUAGCAUGUAGUGUUUUUUUGUCGAUUUAAUUAUUUGUAAAUUACUUUAAGUUGGUUAGGGCCAUGAAUGAGGAGUAUAUCUACUGGUCAAUUAAAUGUUUCCACUUCUACAUAUGUAUGUAUGCAUGUAUGUGCGUGCAUAAGUAUUAUAUGUGCGCACAUGUACCUAAUGUAUUAUGUAAUGCAAUGUAUUAUAUUUGGAAUAUUGUAGCAAACAGUAAUUUAUUAUCUCUCGUGGCUGAAUGGAUCAAGUAAUCCAAAGCCAAUAAGGAAGAAAAAAAAAUUAUAAUGCUAAAUUACAAGGUAUUCUACUUUCCCGCACUAGUGCGGGAAAGUGCAACUUUCGGAAACAAAAUGCGUGCGGGAAAGUGGCUGUUUAGGCACGGCCGUAGAAAAAAACUUUUUUUAUUUCAGAUCGCUAUAGUGCACAAAAGUUGCCAUUGGUAUAUACUUGAAAAAAAGCACUAAUUAUAAUGUUGUUAUUAAUUUGUCUUCCGGUCGCGCAAUGCCAUCGAAAUUAGCAAAAAUUGUGAAAAACCUUAAUUUUUCUUAUUUUUUUUAACAGGCCAGAUGGUUUUAAUUGCGUUCCUAUACCAUG